AACACAUGCACCACUCCAAAUGGCCGCUAAACUGCUUUGGCACUUGCUCGCAUCGUCCCGCUCGGAUAAGGUAAGACCGUAGUUAGUCUACUCGUGCUCUACUCUUUGUUGUAAUCUUUUCUCUCGGAUUCGCUUCUCCUUUCUCAAUUGUCUUUCUUCGUUUGUGUAUACCUUUCUUCUUCUGAUUUCAUUUAGAUUGCCGUGGGACACCGGUUAGCUUGGGUCGACCUGCAUACGCUGCAGAUAGAUGAUCCUACCUUGAGGAUGACCACAGACGCCGACUGGACCUCAUUGAGAGGCAUUGCAACCAAUUUGCUAGAUGGCAGUCCGAUAGCUAUUUUAAUAACAGCUGUCAUCGCCUUUGGCUUUCCGAUUCUGUUACACUAUCUACUUUAUCGAGGCGCAGCUUCUCCGCCGUCGACGUCUUUCCUGCUACUUGGCCCAAGUGGCUCUGGCAAGACAGCUCUUUUUUCAUUACUUGAAGGAAAGUCUCAGCGCCUAGGACAGCCUGUACGAUCCACCCAUACUUCUCAAACCUCCACCUUCACGACUGUUACUCUUCCACCCACCGUUCCGACUGCUUCCAACCGCUAUCGCUCCGUCAAUGAUCCCUCACUGUCCGAUAUUUCGAGAAACCCGAUCAAAUACCAGUUAAGAGACACUCCUGGACAUGGCAAGCUCCGACAGACCGAAGGCAUUGGUCGACUCGUGUCGAUGACCAACGCCAAGAAUCCGAAAUCGAAAGCUCGAGGUGUCAUCUUCGUUGUCGAUUCUGCUGCUCUUUCGGAUAACGAAACGUUGAGAGAGACGGCCGCCUACUUACACGACGUUCUUCUAUAUCUCCAGAAGCGGGCCCUGAACAAGGGCAAGUCUUCUUCUAAGGUUGCGACCGAGGUCCCGGUUCUUGUGGCGGCGAACAAGCAGGAUCUGUUCACUGCUCUGCCUCCGAGCUCUGUGCGUAAUAAGCUGGAAGCUGAGAUCGAGAACAUCAGAAAAUCAAGAAGCAAGGGCCUCAUGGAUGCAAGCGCGGAUUCGUCGACCGGUGAAGCGGAUGACGAAAUUCUCGGCGGUGAUGAUGGACAGGGAGUAUUCAGUUUCCAGCUACUACAAGAAGAAGUCGGUUUGAAGGUAGAAGUUGUGGGUGGUGCAGUUCAGAAUAGCAGCGAGACAGACGCAGAGUCUGGGGUGCGGAAAUGGGAAGAAUGGGUGGGAAUGUGCCUGUAGUUCUGUUGAUGAACGGGGUUCUACUGCUCUCUACGUCUGAUGCACAAUGAUACCCUCUAAUGUCGAUGAUCAGGCAUUCGAAUUAUGGAAUAGAUAUUACACUUAGGUAUGUUUAUGCGUUCGCGCCCAGCGUCUAUCCUUAUCGAGACAGUAGCGGAACGCUGAAAAGCAAGAGUUAUUACACCUCCCCUCUGAA